AUGGACAGGUCUGAAGAACAGCCCGGCCAGUCGCACAUCCAGGAUGAUGAUUGCUUUAUUGUGGUGAUUGACUCUGAUUCUAAUGAUGAAUACUUCUGUGAAGGAGAGAAAGCUAAGUUAUCCGAAAUUAUAGAAGACUUAUCUGAUACUGACGUGGAGCCUACCAUCCAGGAGCCUCCAACACUUAUUUCUGAUGAUGAUGAUGAUGAUAGUAGUGAUUUGGAGGGUCCUGUGCUCGAAGACUUGUGUGAUCAGGGCCAAAUUUCCUCAGCUGAAAAAGAGCUGGCUUAGGCUGCUACCUUCCGUCGCAAAUCACAUGCUGGUGUUGGUGAGCAGGUUUUUGGUAAAAAAUCUCUGCCAGCCACCAAAUAUGGUCUUAAGGCUAACGUAGAGAUUUUAGAUAGAAAGUUGCCAUCUGAUGAUGAGCCUGUCUUGGUGGAACAACCGAAGAAAAGAAAGGAAAAAACCAAAAAUCUCUGCGUGACACUUGCCACUCUGUGCAAAAUACCUGGCUGUUUCUGGCGUGAUGUUGAAAACUUGAAACAAUAUUCUGGAAAGAAUUUCAAGAAGAAUAAGGACGAACUGGUUGAGAAAAUCUGCCACCUGUUUAACAGCUCUGUCUUUGAUAAAAAGCUGCCGGAGAAGAUGGAUAUCAGCUGGAACAACAAGAUGCUGAGAACUGCUGGCUUAUGCACCACUGGCAGGAAAAAGAGGGAGCCCUAUGCCAAGAUUCAGAUUUCUCUGCAAGUCUGUGAUUCUGUAGACUGACUCUGGGAUACCCUGAUCCAUGAGCUAUGCCAUGCAGCCUCCUGGCUGUUCGAUGGUGUCCGUGAUUCUCAUGGUGAUGCAUGGAAGUAUUAUGCCAAUAAAUGCAACAUGGAGCACCCGGAGUUGCCCAAGAUCACCCGUUGCCAUAACUAUAAGAUUAACUACAAGAUUUAUUAUGAAUGUACUCAGUGCAAAGCCAGAUUUGGCCGCUAUAGCAAAUCGUUGAAAAUCAGUCGCUCCAUCUGUGGCAGAUGUAGGAGGCCUCAGGUCAUGGUGCCGUUAACUUGGAAAGAUGGAACCCCCGUUAAGCCCCAUGUGAGACCAUUUGCCAAAUAUGUGUAG